AAAGGUGCAGUGAAGCAACACUGGGUAGGGGUCGAUUUCUUGUUUGUCGUGGUCGUGCGUACCUCGCACAUCAGCGGCUGCGAGUUCGUCGCAGUAGAUUAACCGGUCUUUAAAUUUCCAUCGGGACUCCACAGAAUCAUUCUCUUUGUCACAAACUCACCGAUGCGAUGACCGAAAACGCGGAUUCCAGAGCCGUCGUCCAAUCCAGUAACGGGACAGUUUCGAAUCCUACCCCCAAUCAACCGACGGCCGUCGAACAGAAUGGCAACAACAACCAAGAUGUGGACAACAAUGGGCAACCCGCGGCUGCCCAACAAGCCUUCUCCUAUUGGUCUGUCGCCAAGGGACUGCUGGUGCGCGCGGCCAUCAUCUACUUCAUGACCAGCUUCUUCAGGUCGAGCCCGGCCAACCAGACCGCGACACCGGGCACGACUGGCACUGUCCCUGGAACACCCGCAGCUUCGUCCAACCUCUUCCCCAAUGGCACGGUCAUGGACAUGCAUGUGUACAUCUCUGAAGAUUCAAAGUUUGACCAGUUCAACGACCCUGGUUCCCUAGUGUGGAAGCAGACGCACAUUGUUUACGGGGACUGGCAAGGAGGACCCAACGGAGAUGCCACCUACACCACUAACACCAGGUUCAGGGCAUCCGAGAAAGUUAAAAACAACGGCACUGUCUUUCUGCACGUCUACUUUGUGCUCAGCGGUUAUUCACCCGAUCCAAAGGCCGGGAAGGACUACUCGCAAACUCACACGAUCUACCGGAAGAAGCAGCUGAACAAAUACAAGAAACUGAGGUACAAGCGGACACAGAACUUGCUGACCGGAGAGACCGCAGCAACGCCCGAGAUGGUUGAGAAAGCAGAGGCGAUGAAGGAGGAAGUACUGUCCCACUGGCACCCCAACUUGACGAUCAACAUCAUCGACGACCACACGCCGUGGACCCCAGGCCAUGUUCCGAUGCCCGUGGACCAGUACGUGGAGUUUGAGCCCACCACCGGGAAGUACUACCCCAUCGUGUACCUCAACGACUACUGGAAUCUGGUUCGAGACUACCAGGCCAUCAACGAGACCACAGAGUGGUUGGACCUUCAGCUGACCUUCCAGCCCCUGAGCAUGUUCCGGUGGCAGCUGUACGUUGCCCAGGGCAUGCGGUCGCUCUCCCUCUUUGGCCAAGACCUGAUGGAGGAGAGUGAGGAGGACAAGGACUCCCUGAAGGAGGCCUUCCUCGAGACCUCCCCGUACCUGCUGGCCGUCACCGUGGCAGUCUCCCUGCUCCACUCGGUCUUCGAGUUCCUCGCCUUCAAGAGCGACAUCCAGUUCUGGCGCAACCGCAAGUCCCUGGAAGGCCUCUCGGUGCGUUCGGUGUUUUUCAACGUGUUCCAGUCGGCCGUGGUGCUGCUCUACAUCCUGGACAAUGACACCAACACCCUGGUGCGGCUCUCGGUCUUUGUGGGGCUCCUCAUCGACAUCUGGAAGAUCCACAAGGUGGUCAACAUCUCCCUGGACAGGGAGAACCGACUGCUCGGCAUCUUCCCUAGGGUGCGCAUGGCCGACAAGACCACCUACGUCGACUCGUCCACCCGCGAGUACGACACGAUGGCCUUCAAGUACCUGUCGUGGGCACUGUUUCCCCUCCUGGCAGCGUACUGCGUGUACUCCCUCAUGUACCUGGAGCACAAGAGCUGGUACUCCUGGGUGCUGGGGGUCAUGUAUGGAUUCCUGCUGACGUUCGGCUUCAUUAUGAUGACACCCCAGCUGUUCAUCAACUACAAGCUCAAGUCGGUGGCCCACCUGCCCUGGCGCAUGCUGACCUACAAGUUCCUCAACACCUUCAUAGACGACAUCUUCGCCUUCGUCAUCAAGAUGCCCACCAUGUACCGGCUGGGCUGCUUCAGGGAUGACAUUGUCUUCCUAAUAUUCCUCUACCAGCGCUGGAUCUACCGGGUCGACCCCACCAGAGUCAACGAGUUUGGCACGAGCGCCGUGGACAACGAUGGUGCGACGACGUCCGACCAAGCGAACGGCGACCUGCCGUCGUCGUCCGGAGACCAGCCGCUGCCGCUGGCAGACUCUCCAAAGCCGGCGGAGCUGAAAAAGACGGAGUGACAAACCCCCUGUGAAUUUACUUUUCUUUUUGUCUCUUUCCCUACCAAAGUUCUCUUUAUUGACGUCUUCAUCUUGCAUGGUUUUUGUCCAAGACUGCUCUGUCCGGAACGGCGUCAUUAGACGUCUUAUUUGGAGGCCUCCCCGGCUUGGACAGUUUCGUCUGCUGCUACGGUUUCAUGGAAGACGUUGUCUCGAAACGUCUCGCCUUGGGCGGUUUUGUUGGAAGAUGUCAUUGUUCAGCACAGAUUAGUCGUGCGUAGCUGCCUCGGACUGGUUUGUGAAGAGAAAGGUGCAGUUUUGGCAGACGGUGUUCUUUGUCCGAAACGCUUUGUCUCCUUCGAUUUCAUAGAAAACAUUUUCUUUUUGUGUCUCAAACAUGCUUCGUCUAUUCAUUGAUCGAAGGCAUUCUUCAUGAUCUUGUUAGAAACAGCCAUCUUUUUUGUUGAAAAUGUCAUUGUUGUUGUUUUUCUCCGAUAAGCUUUGUUUAACAAGGAUUUUUCCAGACAGUGUUACCUUAGUCAAGCAUUUUUUAAGCAAGAGCAUCUCCAGUUAUGUAGCUGGAAGCAGUUUCUUUUUGUCGUGUGCUUGGAAACAUGUUUGAACAUCUUGUGAAAGUGACUACAUCUCCUCUGUUGAAGACAGCUUUGCCUUCGACUUCUUAAACCUUCUUAUGUGGCAGGGUCAGUGUCGGCGACUUCAACUGUAAUGGACUGUAAAGACGGAUGUUGUGAAAAACUUGUGUGGUUAAUCUUGUUGAAAACUUGAAAAGCCGUUUCAGAUGUUGCAGCAAGGAAAGGUGCAACAAAAAAAGGAAGGCAACGAUUUCUAGCGAUUGUUUUUGAACACCUUGGGGUGUAGUUUUUUUUUUUUUUUUGAUGUUGUGUUGGUGGCCAAACUUAGUGUAAUGGAGCUACUAUAAUUAUUUCAGGACUGUGAUGUCUGGUAUUGCUACACCUUGUGCAUGAACUGGAUGCUGAACAGCGCUGCGCUUGUUUGGCUUGUGCCCCCAAAUUGCAGCUCAUUCCGAGAAAACUAUCAGCCAUUUUUUUGUACGAGAAAUUGCAGGAUAUGUACUAGCAAACGAUAGAAACACAAAGACCGGAUCAAAUGAAAAUCAAUUUGUGCACAAUUUCUUUUUUUUUUU